UUCUAAAAUGCCAAAGAACAAAUAGAAUCUCAUUCUCUCUUUUAAGAAAAACAACAAUUAUAAUCUGAUAAUCAUAAAAAUUCCUUAAAACGCAAAUUUAAUUCUUAUUCAUUAGCACAAAUCCCCACAAACCUAUACAUACAUGAUACAUAUACACACAAAAAUGGCCCAAAAAACAUCCCCGAUUCUAAAGAAGCUCUUUUCCGGCAACCCCACAUGUCAAUUCCGUCCAUUUUUCCGUUCCAUAACAUACAUGCCCCGACCCGGAUCAAACCCGAUAACACCCACAACCACCCCACGGGCGGUAACACUAAUCCCCGGCGACGGAAUCGGCCCAUUAGUGACCAACGGCGUCGAACAAGUGAUUUCCGCCAUGAAAGCUCCGGUAACAUUCGAGAAAUUCGAAAAUGUUCAUGGGGAUAUGAAAAAGAUCCCUGAUGACGUCAUAGAAUCGAUAAAAAGGAAUAAAGUUUGCUUGAAAGGUGGCUUGAUGACGCCAAUGGGUGGUGGGGUGAAUUCGUUGAAUGUCGUGUUGCGAAAAGAAUUGGAUUUGUUUGUGUCGCUUGUGAAUUGUUGUAAUUUUGAUGGGUUGGUUACUAGACAUGAAAAUGUUGAUAUUGUUGUUAUUAGAGAGAAUACUGAAGGUGAGUAUUCUGGGUUGGAACAUGAAGUUGUUCCGGGUGUUGUCGAGAGUCUUAAGGUGAUAACAAAAUUCUGCUCUGAGCGAAUUGCACAGUAUGCUUUUGAGUAUGCUCACCUGAACAACAGAAAAACCGUGACUGCUGUUCAUAAAGCAAACAUCAUGAAGCUUGCAGAUGGUCUUUUCUUGGAGUCAUGCAGGGAGAUUGCGAAAAGGUAUCCCGAUAUCAAGUACAAUGAGAUUAUUGUGGACAACUGCUGCAUGCAACUUGUGUCUAAACCAGAGCAAUUCGAUGUCAUGGUGACUCCUAACCUUUAUGGGAACCUAGUUGCGAACGUAGCUGCUGGUAUUGCUGGCGGGACAGGUGUCAUGCCAGGAGGAAAUGUUGGGACCGAGUUUGCUAUCUUUGAGCAGGGUGCAUCAGCUGGGAAUGUCGGAAAACCAAAAAUGGUCGAGAAGAAAAGAGCAAACCCCAUAGCUCUAUUUCUUUCAUCAGCCAUGAUGCUCAGGCACAUCCAGCUUCCGGAUUUUGCAGAUCGUUUAGAAACUGCAGUGAAACAUGUUAUCUUUGAGGGAAAAUACCGCACUAAAGACCUUGGAGGAAGCAGCACAACCCAAGAGGUUACUGAUGCAGUCAUAUCUGCACUAGAAGGACUUGCGUGAGCUAUGUCCUUACCCAUUUUGCCAGCCUAACCUAAUUAACAUUCUUGAUUGAAUUUAAACUAGGUGCUAGAUUUUUCUUGUGCCAACUUGACAAUGGUUUUGGUCUAAAUAAGUCGAUCCAUUAAGCGUAACCUGUAAAGGAAAGUGAUCGGUUUUUGUUUUUGGUGUUGAUAAAUAUGCAAGUCUAUAUGGCUCAAAGUUGCAAA